AUUUACGAGUCAGUACCGCUCGAGACUUGGUGGGAGGUGGACGUGUUUUGUCGAAUUCAGCCGAAAGCCGGCGAACGCGUGUGCAAUUUUCGAUAAGUGAGUGACUUGGCACAUAUUUAAAUUUUACGUUUGUGAAGUUUGAGAUUAUGUGUGUGAUUGUGUUGUGCUGAGUGCGUAAGGUAGGUUGGUUUAUACUACAAUUUCCUUUCGAUUAAAAACGAAACAAUGUGGUCCGGUAAGAAGUGUUCGGAGACGGCCAAUGCUGCCACGCCGACAGCCGAGGAGGAGAUCAAAGUGGUGCUCGUUGGAGACACACAGUGCGGCAAGACCUCGCUCGUCCAGAGGUUUGUCUCCGACACGUUUAUUGAGGCUUACACUCCGACGGGCUUCGAGAAAUACGGCUACACGUGCACAGUGGCCGACUACAGAGUUAAUUUCUCCGUUUGGGAUACAUCAGGUACAACGGCGUACGACACUGUGAGACCACUGGCGUACCAGGACGCACGCCUCUUCAUGCUGUGCUUCAACGUGGCUGAGCCAGAAUCACUGCACAAUGCCGCUGCUAAGUGGUACAAAGAAGUGCGCACUCACGGAGGAUCAGCGCCCGUACUCCUGUGCGGGUGCAAGGCGGACCUCCGGCACGACAAGGAGACGCUCACAAUGCUGUCCAAGCUGAGGUCUCAUCCAGUCACAAGUGAAGAGGCUUUAUCAGUAGCAAGACAGCUUGGGGCAACGACCUACGUGGAAACAUCUGCCAGGGCGUCCAGCAAAGGCGUGAAGGACGCCUUCGAGGUGGCUGCUCUUGCCGCCCUUGGCAAACUGAACAAGCAACAAAUUAAACAACAGAAGCAAGUCGGCCGCAGCAAAAGCAAGCGCGACCUGAAGGCCGAGCUAAAGGGGCGGGCGAAAAGCUGUUGCGUCAUGUGAUCCGUAGCCGGCCACCCUUCCCGGUGGCCGCACGACUGCUAGGCGACCACCGCCCUUCCAGAACAUUCUACGAACUUGUACAGUUCCUGCGAGGUACGAGUCUACAAAUCGGCCUACGAAUUGACCAGCUAAAGUGGAACCGAGUUCGUAUGUGGUUGGUUGAUAUGGUGCAAUCAGACCCUCAGGGUUGGAGCGUAUGCCUGUGAUAAUGUUAACGUAGAUGGAUAUAGAAGGUCUAGAUAGAACACGCUCAAGAACAAUAUCACACGAGUCCGUAUUGCAUUCGUGAAUAAGGUAACAGAAUAAGUGUUUUCAUAUAUUAGAAUGGUUAAGAUUGAUGUUUUUAUAUCUAAUGUUAAUGUGUGCACUUGGAACCGUUUAAAGGAUUUAACAGUGUUACGUCGUUUUAUCAACACAAAAUUAUUUCAAAAUGGGACAAUACUGAGUAUUGGGCUUGUGGGAAAAUUCGCUGAAGCUAUUCUCUUAGAAAAAAUCAUUCGAACAACUAAAAUGGUUCAGUUUAUCAAGGGACAUAAUUGAAUAAUAGUGAUCGCCUUAUAAACUAUAAUUAAUUAAAAAGUACCUGGCAAUGACGUCACAAUUCCAACCCAUCCUAACCUAACCAAGUGCAUGCACGUAGAAUUACAUAAGCUCCGAUUGUUUUAGGUAGGACCAACGUUGCUAUUAUUUGUGCUGUAGUAUCACUACAAGCUAUUUACUUUUGUGAUAUACAUACGUAAAUAUAAAUUAAAAUGCACAAUUAUGGACAAUACAAUUGUACGGAGGUCCAUGUUUAGGGUCCCACGUCCAUGCUACGAUAGAUUAGAUUUUAUAUGUUUAAUACGAUAAUGAAUGUUUGCUUGCAUUAGAUCCCGGCGAAUGAUGUGAAAUAUUCUAUCACCAAUAAUGCAUUUAGUUAAAAGCACUUUACCUAGUUUGAGGGUGUUAUGCCAAAUUCAAUUUGUAAAUCGAGAUUUAUAGUUAAAAUUCAAUUAACAAAACAUAUAUGUAUAAAAUAGACUAUAUUAUAAGCCUUUCGAAAUAUUCACUAAAGGUAACUGUUUCUUUUUUUAUAAAUCUUUAAAAGAUUUGUUUAGCACUCAAUUUUUAGCAUUCUUGAAAUCCAGGCAACCAAUGGUGGAAGUGUAUUUACGUCACUGGCCGGUGAUAAAUAGUUCGUAUUAAUUAAGAAUUGUAUAUUACGUCUAUUAUUAUUGUUUCACGACUAGCCUAUCCUAGUUUGAUGCUAUAAUAACCAGUAAAUCUCCAUCUCUCUGAUAUCCAUUAAGUUCCAAUUGGUUACGAAACCGAGGAAUUAUUUUAUUGAUAGAGAGACCAUAUUUCUUUGGUGACAGCGGUUAUAAGCAUAGAACAGAAUAAUACAUUAUUUUAUAGACGAUAUCAUAAUAUUGAUUUAGCUGAUUCUUGAUACAAGGUGUAAAUGUAAGUAUAGACUGGAGCAUUUACUCAAUUUAAUAUUCAUUUUCAAUUAAUGUAACGGUCUUACAAACGGUACAAUACCCGCAAAAUCUCACUUUUCAAAGGUACAUAUUUGUGUGUACCAUUUCUGCGAAUGCUCGGCGCUGCGUUCGAGUAUUAGCUGAAGGCAAGUCAGCAAUAACCUGUAACAUUUCUUUAUACUUUGCGUACCUCACUCGCCCGUCCUCAAACCUUUGUUCGAUAGAAUGUUACAAUACGCUCGUAAAACCAGGUCGUAACAAAACAUCGAUCAUCAUGUUCGAAAUGUGUUCCGAAAACGAUAAUGCUCGAUGUUCUUUAACAAAGUAUCUCUAGUACUACCUUAUAACAAAUAAGAUAUCAACAAGGAAACAAAAUGAUUAGGAAUAGUUACCUAUCAAUAUCUUUACAGCACUUCGGCCUAGCUGUGUAACGUACUAUCUACAAACACACGAUAAUUCGAGCUAAAUUAAGAAAUUCUGUCGUUUGUAGUUUAAAUUGUUUGUUCUCACAAAUACACUGAAUAUCAUAAAUUAUCGUUUCAACUUAAAGAAUUCUAAUUAUUCACUGGAUUAUUAUGAUAUCGUCUGAAAUAAUAAUAAGAAUUAUGCUUUCAACCGGCCCUUUAAACAAAAACCUUUUUUUAUAAAUGUAAAUAAUUAAAAGUAUUAUUUACCAACAAAAGAAAUUAAAUAAAUCACUCCUUUAACAAGGAAAUAAACCUUUUAUGUAAUAAAAAUUGUAACACUAUUUUUUAUAUUAUUUAAUAUUAAAUGACUGCGUAAUUACUUUAAAAAUAUCAUUUGUGAAUCAAAAUGAACACACUAGUUUUAUAUGUCUUUUACACAAAGUGAUGGAGGCAUAUUCCUAUUAUUUAAAUUAUUUCAAGAUAUUUCACUUAUAAGACACAAAAUAAAAACUGCAUGAUGCUGUAUAAAUUAUGAGAAAAAAAAAUAGACGCUUUGUGCGUCAAUGUAUUCCAAGAUUUUUUUAUAUAGUUCAAGAAAACUGGUGUGUUCAUUUCGUAUGGAAUAAAAAAUAUUGUAAAUAUAGAUAGAAACAAGAAAUUUCCUUAUUAAUGUCCUAGUUCAUUAUUUUCGAUCAUUUAAAAUAUAGUAAGUCGAUUUCAAGCUUUAAAAUCAAUGUUAGCUUUAAUUAUUCAUUAAAUGUUAUUUAAAAAUAGUUUGUAUUUGACGGUUUCUUUGAGUUUUCUUUUAUUUCCAAAUUUAUUCGAUUAUAUUGUCAAAAAAGGACAUAUCAGAUUCAUUUAAACGAAAAGAGACCGUUAAAAUUAUUUUGUUAUUUUUUUAUUUAUUUAAAGCAUGCAACGAAAAUGUUAAUGCAUGACAUAUGUAGCAUGCAUAUUAUAAAGUCAGAUGUUUCGUAAGAUGUCCGGGCAGUUCAUAUUUUAAUUAAAAUCGUUUUAUCCGAAUGAAUUUAAAAAUCGAAUCAUCCCAGUGUUACGAUUCAUCGAAUGAAAGAAUGUGACCAGCCCCGACAAAUACAUAUAUUAAUUGAAAUCCUCAAACAUUAUUAAACUAAUUUAAUAAUUAUAAAUUUAGUAUUAAUUUCUUGCAUAGAAAUAAUUUCUUGGACGCAAGAAUUAAAUUAAAACUUAAGUUACGAGACCUAAUAAAUGCCUUAAACGUAAUUCGUUCAUUAUAAUUUUGUAAAAAGUAUUAUAAAUGUACUAAACAUGUUUUAACUUAGUUAAAAUCAACGUUAAGCCAUUUUGGAUGUUGUUUGUAGAAAAAUAAAUAUAGCAUCUGUGUUUUUGGA